UUUAGUGACGUACCUAUUCCAGGAAGUGGAACGCUAACAGCGCGUCGUGGUUGUAUACAUGGGUAACUUGCUGUAGUCAUACGAUUCAUGAGAAUAUAAAAUAAUAAAGCUGUGCUAGUUACUGUUGGACAUGGAGACCACCACAGAAAAAGGAACUCCCGCUAAAAAGAUUGCUGCGCCUUCAGUGUCUCAGAUAAACGCAGAAUAUGUCACGCAGUUGGCUAAUAAAUAUUGGGCUCCUCAUGCAAAGGAUAAACUGCCUUUUGACUCUAAGGUUUUGGAAGAUGUGUACGAAAAAGAGAUUCUUACAUCCAAAUUUUCCAUCAGAAAAAUUAUGCUGCUUGAAUUCAGUCAAUACCUGGAAAAUUACCUUUGGGUAAAUUACACGCCCGAGGUGUCCAGCAAAGCCUUCAUCAUGUCCAUUUGUUGCAUCGUCAAUGAAAAGUUCCGAGAGAAUGUUCCAGCUUGGGAGGUUUUUAAGAAGAAGCCCGAACAUUUCCCAUUCUUCUUCAAGUGUGUGAUGGAAGCUGUGUUGGCAGGCGACGAGACUGACCUUACUUUGAAGGAGCAAACUGUUCUCCUGGUCUUCUUGGACCACUGCUUCAACAGUCUGGAGGUGGAUUUGAUCAGAGAACAGGUGCAGCAGCUCAUCUCUCUGCCAAUGUGGAUGUGCCUGCUACCAUCCAGACUCCAACACGAGCUGAAGAAAGUCCCAAAGCUGCAGAAGUUCUGGAAUUUAAUCAAGAAGAAAUUUGAUAAGAUGGAUGCUGAUGCAGCUGAGCGCGCAACCAGAGAAAGGUCCUUCCUCUCAUCUCUCAUUAAAAAGUUUACCGGAGUCCUCAUGUCAAUUCCACCAACAGGGCCUGUGUCCAUGGACAAAGUGCAUUACUGUGAGAGAUUCAUUGAGCUCAUGAUUGAUUUGGAGGCUCUGCUUCCCACCAGACGCUGGUUUAACACGAUGCUGGACGACUCCCAUUUGAUGGUCUUCUGUCAGCUGUCUGGCCUCAUCGACAGAGAGACGGAGGGACACCUCUUCUGUCAGCUUCUCGACAUGUUGAAGUUCUACACUGGCUUUGAGAUCAAUGACCAAACAGGAAAUGCCCUGACACAGAAGGAGAUGACCACCUUGCACUAUGACAGAAUCACAUCACUACAGAGAGCCGCCUUUGCUCAUUUCCCAGAGUUACACGACUUUGCUAUGGCCAACGUAGCUGCAGUGGACACUCGAGAGUCCUUAACCAAACAAUUUGGCAAUCUCAGUCCUAACAUGCUCCACCAGGUGGCCUCCUACCUGUGUCUGCUGCCAGAGCUGCUUGAAGGGCAGGACACCACCUAUGAGACAAAGUUUCUCCUUGAGAUGCUGGUGUCGCGUCAUGAGCGCAGGAUCUCUCAGAUUGAGCAGCUGAACCUGAUGCCCCUUUAUCCAACAGAGAAGAUAAUCUGGGAUGAAAACAUCGUCCCAACAGAGUACUACUCUGGUGAAGGCUGCUUAGCUCUUCCAAAGCUGAAUCUCCAGUUCCUGACGCUCCAUGACUACCUUCUGAGGAACUUCAACCUCUUUCGUUUGGAGUCCACCUAUGAGAUCAGACAGGACAUAGAGGACGUGGUUUGGAGAAUGAAACCAUGGCAGUCAGAGUAUGGUGGAGUGGUGUUUGGGGGCUGGGCGAGGAUGGCUCAGACAAUCACCACUUUCUCCAUCGUGGAGGUUGCCAAACCCAACAUUGGAGAGAGCUGGCCAGCUCGCGUAAGAGCCGACGUCACCGUAAACCUCAAUGUUCAAGAUCACAUCAAGCAUGAGUGGGAAGGUCUACGGAAACAUGAUGUUUGCUUCCUGAUCACGGUCCGCCCCAUUUUGCUGUACGGCACGCGCUUCGACCGGCGCCAGCCGUUUGUAGACCAGACUGGCCUGGUGUACGUGAGAGGCUGCGAGGUGCAGGGCAUGCUGGAUGACCAGGGCCGCGUCAUCGAGGAAGGUCCUGAACCAAAACCAAAGCUAUAUGGAGACACCAGAACCUUCCGUGUUUGGCUGGACCCAAACCAGUACCAGCAGGACAUGACCAACAGUAUCCAGAAUGGCACUGAAGAUCCUUAUGAGACUUUCAACAUCAUCAUGAGGCGUAAACCCAAGGAGAAUAACUUCAAGGCAGUCCUGGAGACCAUCAGGCACCUGAUGAACACCGAAUGUGUCGUCCCAGACUGGCUUCAUGACAUCAUCCUGGGCUAUGGAGACCCAGGCAGCGCCCACUAUUCCAAGAUGCCCAAUCAGAUCUCCACUUUGGACUUCAAUGACACAUUUCUGUCUCUGGACCACUUGCGAUCAUGCUUUCCGGAUUGUUCGAUCAAGGUCCCGGAGGAAAACCCUGAGCUCCAAGUUCCUCCUUUCAGAAUCAAGUUUCCCAUCUCUAAAGAAGCAGACAAAGGAAAGAAGAGAAAGGCUGAUGAGGAAAUGGAAGCUGAAGAGGAAGACAAAACGUUGAUUGUUGAACCCUACGUCGCCCCUAACCGUGGACCGUAUCCUUAUAACCAACCCAAACGGAAUACAAUUCAGUUCACGCCCACUCAGAUUGAAGCCAUUCGAGCCGGGAUGCAACCGGGGCUAACCAUGGUUGUCGGACCACCAGGCACCGGAAAGACGGACGUGGCUGUUCAGAUCAUCUCAAACCUCUAUCACAACUUCCCCGAGCAGAGAACUCUCAUAGUCACACACUCCAAUCAGGCUCUGAACCAGCUGUUUGAGAAGAUCAUGGCUCUAGACAUAGACGAGCGUCACCUUCUGCGUCUGGGUCACGGAGAGGAGGAGCUGGAGACCGAGAAAGACUUCAGCAGAUAUGGGAGGGUCAACUAUGUCCUAGCUAGAAGACUUGAGCUUCUCAAAGAGGUGGGGCGGCUCCAGGAGAGCUUGGAUGUUCCUGGAGAUGUUUCCUACACCUGUGAGACUGCAGGACACUUCUACCUCUAUCAGGUGAUGUCUCGCUGGGAGGAGUACAUAAGCAAAGUCAAGCCUAAACAGGGCAAGACGGUGGAGGUGGAGGCUGUCGCUGCACAUUUCCCCUUCCACAAGUACUUCUCAAACGCACCCCAGCCUGUGUUCAAGGGCCGAGCCUAUGAGGAGGACAUGGACAUUGCAGAGGGCUGCUAUCGCCACAUUAAGAAAAUAUUUACACAACUGGAGGAGUUUAGAGCCUUUGAGCUGCUGAGGAGCGGACUGGACCGAUCCAAGUAUCUGCUGGUGAAGGAGGCCAAAAUCAUCGCCAUGACCUGCACCCACGCUGCUCUCAAACGUCAUGACCUGGUGGAGCUAGGAUUUAAGUAUGACAACAUCCUGAUGGAAGAAGCGGCACAGAUUCUUGAGAUUGAGACUUUCAUCCCUCUCCUGCUUCAGAAUCCGGAGGAUGGCUUCAGCCGGCUAAAGCGUUGGAUCAUGAUCGGAGACCAUCACCAGCUGCCUCCUGUCAUCAAGAACAUGGCCUUCCAGAAAUACUCCAACAUGGAGCAGUCUCUGUUCACUCGAUUUGUGCGUCUAGGCGUGCCCACCAUAGACUUGGACGCACAGGGCCGCGCACGUGCAAGCCUUUGUAACCUUUACAACUGGCGCUACAAACACCUCGGUAACCUGCCUCAUGUCCAGCAACUUCCUGAGUUCCAGGUCCCCAACCCGGGUCUGACGUUCGACUUUCAGCUAGUUAAUGUGGAGGACUUCAACGGGGUGGGAGAGUCUGAACCCAACCCUUACUUUUACCAGAAUCUGGCAGAGGCAGAGUACUGCGUAGCUCUCUUCAUGUACAUGCGUCUGUUGGGAUAUCCAUCUGAGCGAAUCAGCAUCCUUACCACCUACAAUGGACAAAAACACCUGAUCAGAGAUGUCAUCAACCAGCGCUGUGCUGGAAAUCCGUAUUUUGGACAACCUAACAAGAUCACAACAGUGGACAGAUUCCAGGGUCAGCAGAACGACUACAUCAUCCUGUCGCUAGUUCGUACCAAAGCUGUGGGACACCUAAGGGAUGUGAGGCGUCUGGUGGUGGCCAUGUCAAGGGCCAGGUUGGGUCUCUACAUCUUUGCCCGAGUGUCUCUGUUCCAGAACUGUUUCGAGCUGACUCCAGUCUUCAACCAGCUCACUGCCAGACCGCUGCAGCUCCACAUUCGACCACACGAGUACUACAACCAGGAGCAGCAUAGAGAUGAGCAGCCUGACCGGAUUGUGAAUAACAUGCCGGAGAUGGCUAACCUUGUGUACAACAUGUACAUGCACAUGAUCCAGACCUCCCAGAAGUACAAACAGCAGCAGCAGCAGCAGAAACUGGCAACGCCUCCCCAACAAACUCCAGAGUCUUCAAAUGCUGCAGCUGAGAAAACACCAGAAAGCUCAGAGAAAUCCCAGAAAGAAACGCCCAUGGAGCAGGGAACCCCCGAAGGAGAGGCGAGCUCCGUGCCGAACCCAGAGGACACAAACGAGAGCAAAGGAGAGCAGGAUGAAGUCGACCACACGAAGAUGCCGCAGCAUCCGGGCAGAGACAGCGACAGCGAGGAGGAGGGCGGCGCAGAAGAGCAGUAGAACGCAUUUAAUUGGACUGCUGAUGAGGGAUUCCCCUCUGGAUAAAAAAGUAGUUUGAUUUAAUUAUUUCUGCAUCUGUUUUCUACUAAAUAAAAUCGUCAUGAUGAUGAUUUUUGUAUUUUUUAUAACAUCCAGUUCUUUAUUAAAUAACAUGGAAAACUUUUUGUAUAUCCAAUCAUUUCUCUCUCUCUCACACACACAUACACACACACGCACACACACACACCAACAAAAAGGCUUUAUUUCAAUCUCUGUCAUGAUUCAUUCAUUUAUCAGCUUCAAAUCUGAUUGGUUCAACCUAUACAAGCUCAACUAAGCUGCAUUUAUAGGUCAGGUCCUUCACACAUGAGCCUGUGUGUAUGCUGGGGAAUUUCAAGCUGCCCUGUGGAAAUGCACUCACUCAACCAGCAACAACAAAUCCUCAACCAUUCACAUAUUUGCAGCUCUGCAGAGCGUUGGGUAGUAAGGAAUGAGAUUUCUGCGUAUGGUGAAGACAUUAAUGCGAGACUUAAUAUUUGUGUUAACAUCAAAAGGUUAAAAAAAUAGGUCUUGGUAAUUUAAACCUAAUUUAAUUAACAUGAAGCGGUUAACAGUCCCCCAGCCUGCAGGCAGAGACAGACUGGAGAUAAAUUCAUUAUGGUGCACCAGAGGUUAGUUGUUGCAUCACACCUCGGGCUGGUUGACGGAGCAGGUCGCCCGCACAGCUGCUGGUGUCUGGGCUGCUGAUGGUGAACCGUGCACUGAUGCCAUGUCAAGUGUAGGUUUAUGAAAUCCCCUCGUAUUGUCUAGGUGCAGGGCAUUCUGGGUAAAAGUUCACAGGAGCAGUAGGUUAUGCUUCCUGCUAGCUGAGGAAAGGAUUAGAACGACGUGUCGGAUAAGAGAUUAUCUGUUGGCUGCUGCAUGAAUCACAAUGACAGAUCUUGCAUAACUUAGUAAGGAAGUCGUGCAUAAUUCAGACAGCUCCAAUGAAAAUGUCUGCAAAUGCAUCGAGGAUUAGUCUAAACUCAAAUGAUCCCGGACAUUAACCUCACCAAAUGGCCAAAGAAUCUCAUGACGCUAGGAACUUGAGUCACAUGAAUGCCUGCAUUGUGCAACCUCCUCCCGCUCCACUGGGACUGUUUAUGUCUUCCUGCUGGCCUCGAAACAAUUCAGCUGCUGUGGCACCUUGUUGGAGUAAAUUAGACCUAACUAACUGGUAGGAAGUGGCCACUGCUCACUUCUCCUCUGGAAGUCUGGGAUCAGGAUCUGGGAGACUUUAGUGGGAGCCAGAAGCUUUUCUCUGCUGAAGGUGAACAUGUCUUUUAUAAUCACCAGACAGCAUAGGAUGGCCAGUUGUGGUUCGUGUUUCUGGUGCAUCAUAUGGCUGCUGGUGCUGCUGUGCAUCGGCUGGCCCCUCAGCAUCACCUUGGGGGCCCUCUAUGGCCUCAUUAGCCCCCUCACCACAUGCCUCGGCCUAGACCGACUCUCGGAUUUGCUCCUGGAGGGGGCCAACGUGGGCCGAACCUGUGCCAACAACAUGAGGCACAGCAAGUCCUUGUGCUGAGGCCCCAGAGCAGAUAUCACAGAGGUCAAAGGUCAUUAUUGUUGCCUUCUUAUGGAGACUGGGCUUCACAAUGAGGAGAACUGAUCACACGUGCUUCAGUUGAAGAUGCACUGCUUUCUUGCAACCAAAAUAUGUAAAAUAAUGGAUUCCACUCUUGUUAACACUUAAUUAACAGGAACUUCAGAUUUGUUUUUGGUUUCCUACAAGCUUUGCAUUUAUGCUCUGUUGUUAUGUGUUUGCUGUUCACUUAUUGGUGACUGAGUGCAUAUGAUAAGAGAGAAAAUGGAAAAGGAACAAUAGAAAUGUUUAGACUUGUAAAUGACUGCACUGAAACGUAUAAUGCGAUUAAAACGGCUUUGAACUUGU